AUGAAGACAAAUAGUUCAAUAUCUCGUCCAAAGAGGGUACAGUUCUCGAAGGUUGUAAAGGUUCAUGGUGUCAAGUGCAUUGACGACUACACUGCAUCAGAAAGAUCGAAAAUAUGGAUUGAUGCAAAUGGGUAUUCAAGAAUUCGCGAAAACAACAGGUCGAUCGUCGAAAUGAUUGACAAUGGCGAACGAGAAGAAGACAAAAGGGAGAUUUGCUUCCGUGGAUUAGAAGACAAGAGCUCUGAAGCGUCGAAACGAAGGAGACAUACAAAGCAAGAAGCAUGCGAGGUGGUCCUGUAUGCUCAAGAGGCACAAUGCGACGAGCUCCUGUCAGGAAAUCUAGAUUGGGAACCUAUCCGAGAAGCAUACCUAUCAGUGUCCAGUGAUUCCUCAAGCGUCGCACAAGAAGUGGGACUAUCAGAUGCAUUCAAUGCAUGGGGUGGCUACCUGAAAUCAACUGGAGAUGAUGCGCAAAAACUCAGACUUUCAACAAGACCGAUAAUGCAAUCACCAAGGCUUCAACAUCAUCGAAGUUUAUCUCAUGUAUUCUAA